AUGUUUAUGCCACCAGACGUUACUCCCUUCAUUCAACCGAUGGAUCAGAAGGCAAUAAAAAUCACUAAGUUGCAUUACAGAAACAGCCUUCUAGCUUCAAUAGCAGCGACAAAGUCUGAUUUGCUCGAGUCGUUGAAAAAAAUUAACUUAAAAACAGCUAUAAAUCUUUUAGAUGCGGCUUGGUUUCGAGUUGGUGAAGCAACAUUAGCUAAGUGGUGGAACAGUAUUUUAAAAUUUGCGGUAAACAAUGAUGAUCCCGAAGAUAAUGUUCCGUUGGCGAUUUUAAAAGAAAAAUGGGAAGCCGAACUUCGCACCUUGAUGAGCACCACCGUCGAUCUCCUUAGUAGUUUAAAUCCUCAGAUUGAAUUCACGUUACCAGCCAUUCAUGAAUGGAACGAAGAUAUCGAGGGCAAUGCAGAUGACGAUCAUCAACAAGAGGACGAAUCCGAUGAUGACAGCGUAUCAGAGCAACUGGAGAAAAUUAAGCCGACUGAAGCUGCUGAAAUUUUCAACAAGCGCUCGCCGCUCGAUGGUAAACGUGUGCGUGUAUUUCUGCCAUGA